UACUCCGUGAUACACAUUACUAUCAUUCUCUCCUACGACAACGACACUAACGGCUCGACUCAGCUUGGAGAAAAGCUGAGAACCGACCAAGGAGAGAGAACCGGACUCCAAGUGGGGAUGGAUGUAGCCUCAGGCAGAUUCAUGUCAUGAAAUUGAAUAAUAAGUUGACAAGUGACAUAAAUUCAUCAUAAGCGCCCUCUUCGUUGGAUCAUUGAAUUAAGUACAUUAUUUACAUAUUUUGGCAUGUUCUAAGAAUAGUGACAAACAAAUUAUAUACGAUAUGUUUUAAAAAUGAAAAGAAAAAUAUUAUAAAAGAAAAAUAAAUAUGUAUUCAUAUUUAUAAAAUAAAACAAUUUUUUGUACAAUUUUAUAUUAUAAAAAUUUUACAAAUUUUAACCUAUUCUUUCAACCGAAUCGAUAUAUUUGGAAUUGGAUUAUUUACAUUCUUAUAUAUUUCAAUUAUAUGAAACUUCUUUACAAUGACUGGUCUGCCUAUUUUUACUCCAGAAAUUGCAAAAGCUGUUUUAACCGACAUUCUGACAGCAUUGAAUACUCCAGAAAAUACUCAAAAACUUACAGAAGCUAAAGAAAAUUCUGGAAAUGAAAUGCUGAAAAUGAUGCAAUUUGUUUUUCCAAUUGUUGUUCAAAUUGAAAUGGAUGUUAUUAAGAACUAUGGUUUUUCAGAAAGUAGAGAAGGUACAGUUCAAUUUGUAAAAUUACUUAGAACUCUAGAAAGGGAAGAUCCUGAGGUAGCACAAUUACAUAGUCAAGUUCGGUCAUAUUUUCUUCCUCCAGUUCUGAAUUCUCAUAUAAAUUGUUCAACUGAAGCUUCUCUUUAAAAUAUAAUUUCAAUAUACAAAUA